AUGCUAAAAAGUGCUUCUAAAGUGACAAUUAACACUGGGAAUGUCCUCAACCUGAUCGAUAUUAAGAAAAAAGCUGGACAGAAUGUUACUGAAGAGCUGUCCGAAAGCAUCAAGCUUACCCUAUCAGAGUGGGGCACGCAGAACUCGCCGAUUCAGAACGGCACCGCGGCGGAAGACGGUCCGCAGACCUCGCGCAACCACUCCGACUACAUGGUGGUGGCCGCGUCGACGGCGCCCCGCGAGGCGGUACUCAACAUCACGAGGCCCCACGACGACGUGCAGAACAAAAUGGCGGAGGAGGAGAGGAAGAAUCUGAAGAUAGGUGUGAAGAUAUUCAUCAACGAAGACAGCACCGCCGCCCUGAAGGAGUGCCUCGAGAAUGUAUUCACCGCGCUACGCACGGAGUUCAUCGAGAACGUAAUACUCGCGUACAAUCCGGACAUUCCUUACAAGGAGGGCCCGCUCGACGACUCCAAUCUGAAGAGCGCCUUCACCAAAGCCUCCCCCAUCUCACUCGGCAGCAAUGUUGUUCGGAUGUCCAGCACCGAAGUGGAGGCGGAUAGCGAAGCGGACGCAAGGAAGUGCGAAGCGAUACUUCCUGGCAUCAAAGUGCUGUGGGCGGUGCUCGAAGAUUACGUGAAAGAAGGUCGCGUGCAGCAGCUGGGCGUGGCGGACGUGGGCGGCGGCUGCCUGAGGCGGCUGCACGCGUGGGCGCGCGUCCGCCCCGCCAUCGCCCAGAUCAACCUGGCCUCGUGCUGCGUGGUGCCCCCCUCGCUGCACGCGUUCUGCCGCGCCAACGACGUGCAGCUGCUCACGCACGCCGACCCGCCAGAUCUAUUGUCCCUGGCGGCGGUGAAGACGCUGUCGGACGCGGGCGUCGGCUGCAACAGCCUGGAGUGGUGCGCGAGGUACCAGGUUCACAUAAAGUGCCGGGGCGUGCUCGCCCUAAAGGGCUACGUGUGCAAAGCGACGCUCGGCAGAAGCGCCGAGAACAAA